UAUCGGUACAUCUAACAAGCUCGUCGAUAAACGUGAUGGAAAAGAAACAUCGAGUUUUAUGUAUCCGAUAAAAGAGUUCGUUUUCUGGAGAUGAAAAUGUCAGUUGUAACUCACGUUUUCCAUUGGAUAUCGAACUGUCACACAUGGCACAUGGGGGGAAUGCGAUGUGAAUCCGCCAUAAUCGCAUCCUGCGUACUGUGUGUGUACUGUGUAGUGACCCAUGCAUCGCUAAGAUGGCUGUCACUUGUUAGUAGCGUAAUUCCUCUUCGUAUUCGAUGCGUAUUUCGCAAAAGAAGUCGCGUUCCGUUCGUUCGCGUGGCGGUACCGCGUGCCGCUCGUUUUUGCGAUUCGUGCAUCUUGGACAUCCGGAAUCGCCCUCUUGAGAUACUUGGCGCUUAAACGCCCCGCGUUUGUGGGAUGCUGUGCGCGUGAAAGGCGGAACGGUUUGCCCGUCCACACCAGCCAUGUUCAUCGAGUGUCCUUUUAUUGUGACAACGUGAUAUAAUAUUUACGCCCGAUUGCUCGGCCGAAGGGAUUCUUGCGCGCGCAUCCACGGCACUUUGUGGUUUUUUUUUCAUAAACGAUCCCUUCUCGUCUUGUCUCAUCUUGUGUGGUGUCGCGUCGCGUCGCGUCGUCUCGUUUCGUCUCUUUUCGUCGCGUAUCGUCUCUUUUCGUCUCUCCUCGCCUCGUCCCGCUUCGUCUCGUUUCGUCUCAUCUCAUCUCGUCUCGUCUCUCGUCCAGUUGAAACUUCUUGUUAGCGUUUACUUGCUGUCAUCAAGUAUAGAUUAAAUGAAAGGUCGGUAGCAACAGUGGUGAGGCGGGGUGGAGCUCGAAGAAGGGAUGAAUGGAACGGCAGCGCUGCGGCGCAGCGUCGGGGCUGGUCAGGCAGGCGCCAUCAGUGGUGGAGCCAUUGAACCAGCACCUAUCGCCACUCUUGUUAUAUACAAGGAUGAUGCUGGAUUCGGAAUGAAAGUUUCUGGCGACAAUCCAGUCUACGUUCAAUCCGUAAAAGAAGGUGGCGCAGCAGCAAGAGCCGGUCUUCAUGCAGGUGACAAGAUAAUCAAGGUGAAUGGAGUCAACGUGAUGCAGUCUACACAUACGGAUGUGGUCCACCUCAUAAAAUCAUCAACGCAAGUGGUAUUAACGGUGCAGCAGAAACCAGUGGCAGCGACGAGCGCGGUGACAGUGACAGGGACAGCGACAGCAACAGCAACGACAGCUUCCGGUUUGCAAGUCGGAAUAGUAGGCGCCGCAGCGAGUCAACAGCAUCAACGUCCUGUCAGUUUGUCGGCGGCCGGAAACAUGUCACCCUCACAAGCGACCAUCUCUCUUCACAGAGCAUCCACUGCACCGGCGGGCAGUGCUUCGUGUAAUGCUCGAAUCACGGGUCCACAACCGGUCGAUCUUGAAAAGAAGCGCCAAUUGGAAACACAAAGAGUUCACACAUUCCAGCUUAUGUUGGAGAAAGAACAAAGUUAUGUAGAUAAGUUACGGAGCGAGUUGGCGAAAGCUGGCACCGGUAAUGGAAACGUCAAUAUCGCGACUUUACAAACAGAGCUAGCGGGUGCCGAAAGAAGAGUGCGCACCUUGCAGGAACAGCUCGCAGCGAUUAGCACGAGUAAUGAACAGCUUUGCUCGUUGGUAACAAACACCUCGUGCUCCUCGGGCUAUUAUCCACUUUCAAAUAACGGCAGUGGCACAGACGUGCCACCCCCACUGCCAUCGCGUAAAUCCUUAUCCAUGCAAAGUCUCUCUCCACCGCCUUUGCCUCCCAGACCUCCACCCGCCGCAAAUACGCAAAACACAGCCCAGCCGGAGCUGGACCGACAUCUGUUGACUCAUUUAACGCCCUCAACCGUCAGUCACAGUAUUCCUAACUCUUUUUCCCAGGAUGCCAAUUUGAGCGCUUCAAACGCGCUCACCAAACAUCAACGAACAAAAUCGAGUCCGGAACAAUUAGGAACUACAGCGAUAUCUCCGUCAGAAGCUAGUAGACGAUUGAUCGCAUCUGAAUCAAUGAGUGAUCUAUCACCUCCAAGACAUCUUAAACACAAUGAUAUCGAUGUCAAUGAAUUACCACGUAUUACUCCACCGGGGACACCUCCGCCACCAUAUCCAGCCCCCAUUUUAGGACAAGAUAUUUUUUCGUCUACACCAAAUGAUGCACUUGCAACUGAUAUCAUUCCUGGAUUGCCAGCAUUUCAACAGCCAAUUAUGUCAAUGGAAGAAGAUGAUGUUAGUGAUCAGGAAAUUGGUCAAUUGGAAGAUCACGGACCAUUCCAAUCUUUAUCCAGGCUGUGGGGACAUCAUGCACACCUUGCUGUAUUUAUUAAUUAUGUUUUAUCUAAUAGCGAUCCUUCUAGCCUGUUAUUUUAUUUGAUAACGGAUUUAUAUAAGGAGGGAAAUGCCAAAGAAAUGAGAAAAUGGGCAUACGAGAUUCAUUCUAGUUUCCUAGUACCUGGUGCGCCAUUACGUCUGCAUAAUGUAGAUGAAAAUGUUGCGAAUGAAAUAGACGACGUUCUCUUGAAGGAAUCUGAUAAAGAAGAAAUUCUUAGAAAGAUAUUUUGGAAAGCACGUAAUAGAGCGAAGGAAGAAUUGAACGAACAACUGACACAUUUCCAACAAAAAAGAACCGCAGGAUUGGCCACGAUCUUUGGCCCGACCGAUAUUUCGCUUGAUGAGAGCAUAUCUGACAAAACGCGUGAAACAAAAAUUAUUGAAACAUACCUGCUGCCAAAGAUGGAACCUUAUUUGGAGGAUAUAGAGAAGGAACAUGUGGAUUUGCGGCUAUUCACGACAGCAGCUGGUCUAGCUACAAUAUUGAUAAAGAUAUUUCAAUUGCGACCAGUAUGGGCUGAUCGAGUGCCUACUUUUGUCGCAAAAGAUAAAUCCAACAUCAAAGCACGGCUGCUUACUGGAAAAACGCGUAAAAUGACGAUCAGAGGACAUCAUUUCGUGGCACAUCAAUACUUCACGAUAACUUACUGCAAUCAUUGUCAACUUAUCAUUGGUGGUAUCGGCCCUCAAGGAUAUUUAUGUAGUGAUUGUUCUCUCAGCGUACAUCGACAAUGUGUUCGUGUGGUAGAGGAAAAUUGCCCGGGUCCUUUGGUGCGAAAAGAAAGAGCCAAUGAUAGAAUCAGUAAACUGAUGGAGCGUAUUCGACCCGAGAGGAAACCUCCAUCUCAUCAUCACCAUCAUUCUCAGAACCAUAUAUUACAUUUAGACAAAAUCAAAAGAAAUGAAGAAGAUUCCGGUACAUUAACGGAUGGAGAAAAUGGAGAACAGCGGUCAAGCAGUAUAGCCGGAAAUGCUCGUAGCAGUUGUGAAAGGUCGCGAAUUUCCGGUUUAGGAGGAAUUAACGAUCAUACCGAUAACAUGGACAAUCCUUCAUCACGAGAAGAUAUUUCCGAAAUGGUCCAGCAAAAUAUUUCCAGUAAGCCAAAGACGUCAAACAUCAACAGGUCUGAAAGUUACAAGGAGCGGAUACAUCAUAAGCGGCAACUGAGAGAAAAGAGGAAGACCAGCGAUCCGAAUCUCUCCAAAACAAAAGUCGGUUCCAGCGAUUGCGAACCUUCCGGAACCUUUCCCGGGAAUUCGGCCGGCAGUUCAUCAAACAGCAGCCUAUCGACUAGGAGUCUGGAUAGUCCCAGUACCAGCCUGGAGCAGGUACAUCCCACCACAUCGGCGGCAAACGCUUCAACUUCGUGGGACAGUGACGUCGAUGUCGAGGCUGAUCCGCCGGAUUGGAGCCAGGCUGUCAGCGAGGACGUUCUCACACAACUCAGCAAUUCAGAGAAAAAGAGACAGGAUGUUAUUAACGAAUUAUUUCACACCGAACGUUCCCACGUUCGCGCGUUGAAAGUGCUUUCGCACGUCUUCCACAAACCUUUGUUGGAGUCCCAAGUGCUGCCGUUGGAUCAGAUUCAGCUGCUUUUCUCCAACUUGGACGAGAUGUUGAUGAUCCAUUCGCGCUUCAACCAGUCGAUGAAACGAAAGAAGAAGGAGAACCCAUGUGUAGGCGACGUGGGUGAACUUCUGCUAGAGAUGUUUGACGGUGAGGCCGGCGAGGCGUUUGAGAAGGCUGCGUCGACUUACUGCGCUAAGCAACAAGUUGCCUUGGACGCUUUGCGCGAUCGUCGACGCAAGGAUUCCAAGCUGAACGCUUUCCUGAACGAGGUGGAAGCGAAUCCAUUGUGCCGCCGGCUUCAGUUGAAAGAUCACAUACUCACCGGUAUGCUGCGACUCACCAAGUACCCGUUGCUAUUCGAAAACCUUGCCAAGUACACGCCUGACAGUAACGAGAAAGAAAAGGCGGCCGUGUUACGAAGUCUCGAACGCAGUAAAGAGAUCCUGAGUCGCGUUAACCAGGCGGUGAAGGAGGCUGAGGACUAUCAGCGACUUGUAGACAUCCAACGAACGAUCGAUCGAUCGGCCUUUGACAAGUUCGAUCACCCGACCGUACAGGAGUUCAAGCAUCUCGACAUCACGAAGCGCAAAUUGAUUUACGAGGGACCGCUGCAGUGGCGACGCACCGAACCGAAUCGAUCGAUGCCGAAUCGCUCGGUGCCAAAACCGGUAGAUCUGCAUGUAGUUCUGCUCGAUGAUACAAUCUUCUUCCUACAUCGACAAGACGACAAAUAUCUGCUUAAGUUUAUUAACACGACCAACCAGGCAGGCAAUUCCGUGCUCAGUCCAAUCGUCAAGCUGUCCACUGUACUCGUACGCCACAAUGCCGCCGAGAAGGACUCUCUCUAUCUGGUUAAUACGUCGCAGAACGGCGCGCAAAUGUACAAUCUAGUGGCGCCGUCUUCCGCGGAGCGCAAGCUCUGGUGUAAACACAUCUCCGAAGCCGUGGAAGCUUACAAGGCGCGCGAUCGCCAAGGAAGAAGACCAACGCCGCCUACUAUGCUCCCGGAGGAACCGACGCACGCGAUGGAAGACGGAUCGCCUUCAGAAGCAGACAGCGUAAUUGUUGAGAAGGCUCAAUCACAGAAUAGAGAAUCGAGGGAGCUUGGACAAAACGCUGCUGCCGGUAUGCAGGAGCAUGAUGAGGAGACACCGGAAAACACCACUACUACGGAAACUCCCACGAUCGAACAAACGCAACAACGGACGCAACAGCAAUCGACUGUUGAAUCGCCCAUGACAGGUGUAGCGGAGCCCUUACGAAUGGUCACAUGCACUCAGCUCUCAUUGAUAGAUCCAUUGGAAGUUCAUGUAGAGGUACCACCGGUGCAUAUUGCAGAACCGGUCCUUACACCAAUAGAAUGUCUGAGGCGUAAGGACGAAAUAAUCAAACAGGCUCUACUUGAGAAGCACAUAUUAAUGGCAGAUAUAUUAAAUAUUCCUAAAGAAGAUUUCGAGCAUGUGGCAGACAUAGCAUCUGAACCAUCCGCUGAGAAAGAACCCGCUGAACUUAUACUUGCUGCUAUUAGCCAAACGGAUCAUCUAGUGGGAAUGUUGAAUUCUGCAUUAAAUGUAAGCGAAACGGAAACGAUAUUUGCAUCGUGUGGAGCAUCGGCAUUAUCGUCUCCCGCUGCAUGCGAAGCUACCGGUUGUCCCACGCUACGAAACCAUUCGCAUUCUCAACAAUCGAUCAUGGGGAUGAUGCAGCCAAUUUGUCAUUAUCUUACGUCCCAGCUUUCGCAACUGUCACAACUCCUGGAAAUCAUAAAGGAGAGAGAAGAAGAACGGGAAAAAUUACGAAAAGAAUUGCGUAGAAGUAGAGAACGUAUACAUGCACUUGACACCGACGUACAGCGCCGUGAAUUUUCAGAAGUGAUAACCACGACAACACACACGCAAACAGCAACUGAUGACGUCGUGCAUCAAGAUAGUUGCACCGAUGACAUCAUUCGCGAUGAGUUCGUCGAUGCACGCGGAGAAACGAUUGGAGAUUCAAAUACGGAAAAUCUUAAGCUUCAAGCGGAAACCGAGAUGAUGGGCGACAGCGUUGGCUGAAACGCAGCUGAAAAAACGUUCCGUCGAUCAUAUCCUUUUUGAUCUUGGUGCAUUUCAUGAGCGGUGCUGGAACGUUCUCGUAUACCGAAAGAGAUCAGAAUUAUUUGUAGAAAAAAAACUGAAAAACGCGCGAACGAUACAUAUAUACGUGUGUGAGACAUAUAAUUCUUUACUGUGGAUAAUAAUGCUACGUAUAUACAGAAGAGAGAAACAAGUCGUCAUUAGCUGUUUUAUUUAUCUGAUAAAAUUUUUGGGAAAAACAUUUGAUAAUAUUUGAUUAUAUGAUAACAUAUAUUUAUAUACUGUAACUUUUUUCAAUUAAUAGAAAUUCGAUGCAUAAUGUUAUGGAAUACGAUAUGUACUACAAAUCUGAGUUCACAGAUUAUCUCUUUUUCUAGAUGAUCUUUUUUAUUACUUUGUAAAACACCGAAAACAUAUGUCGCAUAUUUCUUAUGCAAUGUGAUUUUUCAUGUCCUGCCAAAUUUGUAUAGAUUGUUCACAUAUAAAGUUCCUUCAAGAUAAUCUUACAGAAGAAAAUUGUUUGCUGAUGUGUAUACCGAACAAUAUCGGCUUAACUCAGAUUAUUAAACACGAUUAUAUAUAUGUGAGUAAUAUAAUUAUUAUUAAUAAUAUAAUAUAAUGAUUAUAUUAAAUAUCAUGUUUCAUGAAUCGUAUAUCUUUUUAACAAUAAAUAUCGAUUAAUUAAGAUAUUAUAUAUACUACCCAUGCUUUUUUUUGUUAAAUUUUUCAAAAGUUUUUAUCAAAAUAAAACAGCUGAUAAACUUUUGUUUCAUUCCUGUAUUCACCAAAAUAUGGAUCGAUGAUUUUGCCAAAGAUUUUAUGUAAAUAGAUUUACAUAAUCUGCAUUAAUCUAUCAGACGCAACUUUUUGUACAUCAUCGUGUUGUUAUUUUGCGAACUGCGAGUCCUGUAUAUUAUUAUUAUUAUUAUAUUAUAUUAUAUAUUAUUAUUAUUAAUAUUAUUAUUAUUAUUUAAGAAGCCCGGUUUAUAUGUAAAUGCAAAAACGGAUAACGAAGUUAUGCGCGAAAAAUUUGUACACUUUAAUUAUUAUUAAUUAUAACUAUUGUUAAUUUCUUUGAAUUUUUCGUGCAUAUAUCAAUGUUGCAACAUAUAAAUCUGGAUUCCACUCAUUAUUUCAAAAAAUAGUAAAAUGGAAAUUAUAUAUGAUAGCUUGUGAAUAUUCGAUUCUUUAUACCAGAAAUAUAGAAAAAUCCUUUUGCGAGAUAUUAAGAGAAAUUACAUAAAAAAUGCGAUUUUCUCACAUUCUUACAAAAUUGUGCAUUAAAAAGCUACUGUUUACAAAUGGUGAUCAUAAGAUGUAUGUUAACAAUUCGAUACUCACAUAUAGAAUAUCUAUAAAAGAACUGGAUAGAAAAAAGUCUUGAGACGAUCAACUUGUUACACAUAAUAAAAAAAAUUGUGGAUCAAAAUUUUGCACGAUUUACAGCUUCCACAAUUCGUUAAAUAUCUGAGCAAAACACUAGAAAUUGUUUUAGCAUCUAAGAUUUUAUGGAUUUUUGAGAAAUCUGCUUUGUCUAAAAAUCUAGGAAUUUAAAAUCCAAGGAUACGAGGAUUCUAAAAUAUAAGACUCCAAGAAUCUACAAAUAUAAACAUACAAUUUUUUUAUAAAGUAGACGGUAGUUUACGUACUUAAAUAAAUUUCGUACACACAUAUACCACGCUCGUGUGAAUUCAUGCAGGAUGUCUCAAAAUGUGUCUCAGAUAUGUAUCACUAGCAUAAUCUUCUCUCGUUUUUUAUUCAUUUUACGAUUUUAGAAAUUAUUUUUUUUUAAUGAAGAUUUAAAUUUUUU